AUGUCCCCUGGACAUGAUGCCGACAAGUAUGGUAGGCCACUGACUGGGAACUCGAAAUCCGAGCUGGACACGAUGGCUAUUGUAGAGGUUAAGAAACGCAUCCGUGAUAGGGCAAGCCAGCAGAUCCUCAUGCAAGAAGCCUGCGAAGUUUGUGGGUGGCUCAUGAAAACAUCCGCUGAUAUGACUAUCUUUAAUGGCCAUUUUUUAUUGGUAUCGCAAAACCGGCAUGAGAUCUACAUUACCUUCGCCCAAUAUAAAAGAUCCCUUGAGGAUUACCUGAACAGAGGAAUACAGACUGACGAAUUCCUGGUGAUGGAAACCUAUGGACCAUGGUUUGCUGAGGACGCUGAAAGUCUUAGGCACUUCGCCCAAGUUAUCGUGACAGCAGUACUGAUCGCCAAGGCAGCGCGUCUCAGUAGACAAUCGAUGCCGCCACCCCCUGGUGCAAGGUAG